AUGGACCUCCCUUCAAGCAGACAUCUGAAGCAGGAGCAUUUUUCUUUGGAGAGGAUGCACGGUGUGCAGCGGAUUUUCAAACCAGUUCAUGACCCAAAUACGAAGCGGCUCAAGGACGACAUCAAGUCAAUGAUGGACAACUUCACCGAGAUCAUCAAGACCGCCAAGAUUGAGGAUGAGACCCAGGUGUCCAGGGCCACCCAAGGCGAGCAGGACAAUUACGAGAUGCACGUGCGAGCCUCCAACAUUGUCCGAGCGGGUGAGUCCCUGAUGAAGCUGGUCUCCGACCUCAAGCAGUUCCUGAUCCUGAACGACUUCCCGUCGGUGAACCAGGCCAUCGACCAGCGCAACCAGCAGCUCCGGGCGCUGCAGGAGGAGUGUGACCGCAAGCUCACCGCCCUGCGGGACGAGGUCUCCAUCGACCUCUACCAGCUGGAGGAGGCGUACUACUCGUCCAGCUCCAGUCUCCACGAAGCUAACGAUCUGCCUCUGUGCGAAGCGUACUGGAGGCUGGAUCUCGACACAGACGCUGCCGAUGGCCUUGCGCCCCCCCUGCGGGCCUCCCCAGAGCCCAGCGCUGGCCCCCUGCAGCCCGCCGCCCCUGCCCACUCCCACGCUAGCGGGCCUGGCCCCACAGAGCAUGCCUGAGCCUCUCCGCUCUCUCCACCAGCGCCCGGGAUCUUAGCAACAAAAUCUGGCGCCCCGCUCGGCCUUGGCUGCUGCUGGGGAGCGGCUGUGGCCUCCUUGGGAACCCCGUCGGCCAGGGACAGCCCCCUCAGGAGUGUGGAGGGAGAGUAGAUCCCCCCAUUUCCAGAGUGGCCCACUCUUCCUCCAGGCACCUCUGUUCACUACCUUCCGGGCUGCUGCUGGGACCUGAGCCUGUUGUUUAACGUGGGGAGGGGCGCUGGGUGGGCAGUCCUGGCCAAGUCCACACCAGGCCCCUGUGCAGCCACCCUGCCGCCUCGCCCAGGGGCCCCUGCAGAACUGGGGCUGGGGGUGUGGUUCACACAGGAGCUGGCGUGGGCUCCUUCCUGGU